AGCUGUGAUUGCAACAAAAUGUGUUUUGCUAGUUGCUUGAGUUGGCUAGUUGCAUGGCAUUAAACAAGACUGAGAUCAAGAUGUCUGAACGUAUUCGAUAUUGUUGCCUUUCAACGAUAAUUCGAAAAUGUAUCGAAGAGAAAUUAAUCAAGAAUUUUGUCAUUCUUUUGAAAGAUUGUGAAGUGAUAUCGAGAGCCCAAAGAAAAAGUAUAGUGGACUUGAUUGAUGGCGAAAAAUUCGAUGAAGCUUUGUACAAAUGUUUUGAAAUUGCUCUAUCAUCAGAAAAUCAAAAGAAAGGCUUAGAAGAAGCAUGCAACGAUGGAGAUUUUCCUGGAAAUGAAAAAGUCAAAGAAGUAAUUCUUAAAAUGAUAGAAAAGCCCACAAUAAGUGAAUCGUUGGAAUGGAUAAUUAUAUCAUGGGACAUUUUAUUGGAUUCAUCAGAAAUGAAGCAGAUUGCACAAACUUUGUCCCAAGGGUUUUCAGUGGAUAAUUGGCCAUUGGAAUUCAUUUAUCAAAUAUUAAUGACUGAAAACACAUAUACUGAAGACAGAUUUGUUCAGGAUGCACAGCACUCAAUAGCAAAUCAGAAAAACUCUGACAACACUGCACAAGAGGAACAGAAAGACAUGGAAGUAGAUGAAGAAAAUGAAAUCGACAGAAGUGCAAAAGCACAUGCUCAAGAACCAAUGUCUUUCAAUCCAUCUGGAUUUCAAUUUAUUGAUGAUGAAUCAGUUUCAAAUGAUAUCAAAUUGAAUGAUCAAGUUCCUGCACCUAUCAAGCAAUCAGGGUAUCAAUGUAAUGAUUCAGAAUCAAAUUUGAACACUUUUCGAAAAAAUGACAAAUUGGAUCAACAUCAAUAUGAGCCUCCAGCACAGAGCGCAACAUCUGAACAAGUAACACCGAUGCAGAUAGAUAGAACCAUGGAGGAGAUACUACAGGAAGUUUCCUCAUUUGAAACAUCCUCUCUCCCUUCUAGAAGCGGAGAUUUUGAAUGGGAAAUGAUUUCUUUAAAAAAUGGAAAAAAAGAAGAUCAAGGGGAUAUUCGAAGAGAAAUUGCAUCUGGAUCCUAUUCAUCAAACAACAGCAGCCAAAAUAGACUCCCACAUACGGAACUUACAGAACAUUCUAGAAGCGAAGACAUGCUGGUUUCAAAGCACUUUAUUCAAACUGGAACUGUUGAAAAAAGUGAUAUCAACAUAUUACAAGAUGAUAAGGUAGCUCAUCAAUCUUUAUCUGUGGGUAGCAAUUCCCAAAUGCCAAAUGUACGAAAGGAAUGGACAAGCCUUCCCGAAACUACGAUUUCUAACAAUGCCUCCAUGAAUUUGUCAAGCAAACAAAACCUUGGCUCAAAUACUAAAUCACUUCAAAAAGAUGAAAAUACUGCACCAAAACAAGAAGUUCAAGAACAAAAAGUGGAUUCUGCAGUUGGUAAUGAAACUGUGCAGUCUUCAUUGGAUGCAACUCUACAAAAAAGUGAUAUUGGCAUAUUACAAGAUGACAGAGAGGCUCAUCGGUCUUUAUCCGUCAGUAGCAAAUCCCAAAUGUUCGAUGUGCAAAGGGCAUGGACAAGUCUUUCUGAAACUACAAUUUCUAACAAUUUCACUAUCAAUUCAUCGAGCAAACAAAACCUUGGCACAAAUACUUUAUCACAUCAAAAAGAUGGAAACACCAUGCCAGAACAAGCAGUUUCAGAACAAAAAGAGGAUUCUGCAGUUGGUAAUGAAACUGCACAGUCUGCAUUGGAUGCUGAAAUGAUGGCACCUUCUCAGGUCAAAACAGAAAGAAGUAACAGCAAUACUUCCUCUGGUAAAAUGAAGGCAACUGCUCUGGUCAAAACAGAAAGAAGUAACAGCAACACUUCAUCAGAUGGAAGCACUACUUCGGAAUGUGAAGAGAGCCUAAAUUGGUUGUCCUCUUCCAUCGAAGAAAUCACGCCUUAUAUACAUAACAUACAGCUGCUCAUGAUAUUGACGUGGCCUAGUCAGCCAAAGUUGAUUGAAAAAAACGAUUGGUCUUUGGAUUUGAUUCAGUGGUUGGAAGAAACCAAGGAAAAAAAUAAGGAUCUUGUGGAAAUAUUUGUCAAGUGUAUUCAGCAAGUUGUAACUUUUGCAAAGCCUCUGGAAAAACUUCCAGAUGACAAAGCAAUGAAGGAGAAUAAAGAAAAACAAGGAAUAGCAUGGAUAAGAAAGAAUAUUCCAUUUUUGAAAAAAUCAGAAUAUACCGAAUCCUUGUUUAAAUUAGCCUGGCCUGGCAAAUUGCAUGGCAAUGAAGAUGUACAACAAAUUCUCAAACUUCUAUUGAAAACCAACGACAGAAAGACCUUGGAAAACUUUGCAAAUGCAGCAAGAAUGAUGAUGAACAGUUUAGAACAGAAAACAGAAAACCUAUCUACUGAUCAGUCACCUAUUGAGAAAAUUCUUCCUGAUCCAGACAACAAAGGAAGCAGAACAAAGCAACUAAAAGAUUUCCUAGGAAUUGGAAAAUCAAAAGCGACAAGCCAAAGAGCUGGAGAUAAACAAUCAGUUGUUAAGAAUAAAAGCUCAUCCAAUUCUCCAUUUAGUGGCACAGCAUCAAGAAAAACAAAGAAUGAAGGAAACGCAGAUCAAAAUUUUGAAGGCAGAAAAAUUGGACGAAAAUCAAUUGAAUCUGGAUCAAACAUACCGGUAUCUUCAAAUGAAAAUAAAGAUCAUAAUCUAGAAGAAAGAAAGACUGAACCAGACUUGACUAAAUAUGGGUUAACAUUUUCAGAAAAUUUACAGUCAAAUGAAGCUGAUGAAGAAUUUCAAGAUACUGUAUCUAAUUUUGAAGAUUUAGUUAUUUUAACUAAACCAAAGGAAGAUGAUUCACUUGAAAUUCGAGCUGCUUGUGAUGGAACAUUUCAGUUGUACUUGGUUGAAAAUUAUUUGUACAAGUGGCAACCAAUUAAAAUGGAGUAUGAUAGAAAAAGAGAAUUCUUCUUUGUAUUUUUGCCCAAACCUGAUCAUAAACUUGUGUUUAAAUACAAAUACUUUAUCUAUUGUCAUCCACACCAGUAUUGGGAAGUUCUGCCAUGCUCUUCUUAUGGUGAGGUUGUAAAUCGAACUAUUGCUUUAGACAAAGAUGUCAAGUACAUUCUUGAUGUACCAGUAUUCGAAUCUCAGCGUACUAGGGAUGGAUUGGCUAAAGAUAUGUCAAGAAAAAUACAUUACUUUCUACCAAAACUGGAUAGUAUGUCGCUUAAGCAUAAUGGAGACAAACUUGAAUAUAUUUCGAUUAAAGACCAAGUAUAUGCCUGGGUAAAUCAAAUGAAGAAGGGCUGGAAAAUGUCAUCCUUCCAUCAAAUCAACCUAUCAACAGAAUUAUUUGAACUUGGAGCAAUGCAUUGGCUGGUGACUUGUCAUUCAGAUGCAAAAGAUGAGUUGGAUAAGAUAAAAUUGAUAUUGGCAGGAUUGAGUUUGACUGUAUCACUUAAGACUUCAAAACAUGUUGUACAAGAUGAGAAAUUUUUUUCAUUUUUGUGUGAAAGCCUGAGCACACAUUUCCUUGAUGAACAAAGGCAAAAAUUACUAUUCCAACUAAUCAAUCAGGAAUUUAAUGCCAAAGAUCGCAGUUCCCGUGCUGUGGUAUGUGAGUCUCUAUUGAACAUGUUUUGUCGAAUCAAGUCUCUACUUUCUUCGAGAUCACCCUACAUGUACUGGCUUAUGGUUUUGCCUCUGUAUUGGAUUGUUGCAAACAAAGGUGAAGUAAUGAAAACAGCACCCUUGAAAAAAACUGGUGGAUUGCUUUUUCAAAAGUCUGCAUUACCUGAAGCUGAAAAUCUCUCUUGGUCAGAUGUAAAAUCAAAAUGCAAAGCCGAUUCUUGUCAAAGAGAACUACUCAAAUCCAAUCAAAAAAUUCUGGAAAUAUUUCAAACUCAUACAUGUAUAUUGGGAAGUUACCAAUAUUUUCUUACGGAACAGAGUCUUCUAACUAUGUUAAAAAAUUGUUCAGAAUAUGGAAUUGCAAUGCAUUUCCAUCUUGAUUCAAUUUUCUAUCAACUUCUAGGAGGAUCGAAUUCAACAACAUUCAAGACACAGAAUGUAAACGAUGUCACCUCUUUGGCCAAGUACUUUGAUAAAAUGUACAACAAACUUUUAAACAGAGAAAAAGAUAGUUGGACCACUGAUGAAAGAGUUGCAAUUAAAGAAACAACUAGAAACUUGAUGAGAUUAUUUGUAAAAGUGUUACCUGAUGUUUAUGGCAAUAUAAGACUAACAGAAAGAUACAAAACUGUUUCAUUUUUUUUAAAAAUAACCAGCUACACUGCGGAUUUAAAUUAUAAGUUAAUGAUGGAGAAAGAGAAUUUUGCUAAGACCAAUGAUAAUUUAACAUGGAUUUUGCAUUUAAUCUGCAAUAGGAUUGAAAAGCUUUAUAACAUUGAGGAAGAUGAUGUUCAGCUUUGGAAUGUGAUGCUCAAAACCAAAUGGCCUGAUGAAGUUUUCCAAUCACGUUGGAUCACAGAACUUGUUGAAGAGAUUAAAAAGCUACUGAAAAAAAAUUGGAAAUACAAAAAAGAAGAAUUUCUGAAUUUCUAUAUUAAAAUACUGGAUAUGAAAAGUAUGGACAAAAAUUUACAAGAAUGCUUCGAGGAAUGCGCAAUCAAAUAUAUUGAAGAACUGCUUGCAGAUUAUGAGCGGAAAUCUUGGAACACCUACUUCAGUGAAAACAUGAAAAAGCCUGAAAUUGCUCUGCUUUUUGGCAGACUCUUCAUGAAAGAGGUAAACAGAGUAAAUUUACCCGAUUCGACUCGAGGAAUAAUGAAACCUUUGUAUUUAUUAUCCAAAUGGACAUUUGGACCGAAGUUUUUUCAAAUAUUUUAUGAGGAAGAUGCCGAAAAACACAUGGAAAGAACUAUUGUUAUAAAAAUGAGAACAACUGUCUCAGACUUCAAACAAGCUGUAACAGCAUUUUGCACAGGCAAAAUGAAAAUUACUGAAUUGGAUUAUUUUAUUACACAUCAUACAGAAUUUAUUGAAUUUGAUAAAAUGCUGCGCUUGAAAAGAGAUGGAAGUUCUGUUGAUGAAGACCUUAGAGCUCGUGUAAAACUCAGAGAAAAGCAAUUAGAUGGGAUCGGAUCAAGCAGACUGCAUUUGUCAGCAUUUAUUUCAUUGUGUUCAAAAUUGGAAAAAGACUAUAUUAAAGUUGCUAAUUUAAAUGAAUUGGAAAAUACUGCAUUGUUGAGAGAUAAUAUGCUUGAUCAAAUUAUUGAUCCCCAACAUGUACCACAAAAACCAGAUGGAGGCUUAGAAAUGUUUGGAAAUUUCACAGCUGAACAAACUAAUCAGAUCAAGAUUUUGUAUCAGUUGUCGUUUAACACUACAUUUACUGGAGUAUGGAACAACGUCAUUAUGGAAAAAUUUCAAAAUGAUAAUGAUGAUACAACACCUCAUGAGGUUGGAUGGGAAGAAAUUUUGUCUGAUGUUUGGUCGACCACUGAGGAAAGACUUACUUCAGUAUUUGCUGACAUAUAUGAUGGUUCAAUUCCAGUCUCUGUUUUAAUUGCGAUGUUUCAAUUCACAAAAGGGAAUGACCAACUGGUUUUAACAGAAUUAACAGGGCUUUCUCUCCUUCAUGUUAUUGCUGAUGAUUCAGAAUUGACUGACACUUUGACAAAAAGAGCAGAAGAAAUCAAAAUUAUCCUUCAAUUGAAAAACAUGCAAAAAAUUUCAUCUAUGUUAUUGAAAUUAAAGUCCAUUCUUGACAUUCGUGGAAACUUUCAGUCUGUUGAUGAAAUACAGAAAAUGGAAGAUAAUGAGGAUAUAUCCCUGAAAGAAGUUAAUUUGGAAUUCGGUGAUAGUUUUACUGAUGAGAUGUGGAGGGACCAAAAUUUCCUAGAGCUCCUGAAUGCAUUUUUAAAUCAGGAAAAUAUGAUAAAAUGGCUGAAAAUCAAAAUGAAGGAUCUUAGUGAAGUUAAAGUCUUUUGUGAUCUUGGGAUGAUAUCUGCUGGUGAAACCUCAUAUGAAGUCGAUCGUGUAUCAUUUCUUCUCAGUGCAGUAAUGGGUUUUAGUCCUUUGAUUUUCGACUUGAAUCAAAACUCCAACUUGAAUUAUGUUGUAGACAGAUGUAAAGCUGUUAGAAAAAACUUUCAGUCAGAUCCAAAUCUUAUCAAAAAAUGGACUGACACUGGAAGGCAACUUGGUUGGUUUGACAAAAUCCAAAAAUUCCAUGGUUCUGUUGGCACCCAGUCUCUCACUCUUGCUCAAGAAAUUAACAAAAGAGGAAUAUACAGAAUCGCUAAGCCAGAAGAUGGUCCACCAACAAUUGAAAAUUGUUUACAUCUUUCAAUACAACAAGACAAGCAAAAUGAAAAAAGUGAAGUAAAAUCCAUGAAUUAUGAUGAGUUGCAAGACUUGCAGUCAAGGCUGAUGUUGAUUGCUGGCGAAGCAGAUCAGGGUCAACAAGAUGUUGCAAGAUUCAAUGAAAUAUUAGCUGCUGUUGGAAACUUGACUCAAGGAUUUGUCAAUUUACUCAAUGGGGGGUGCAUGCUGUUUAAUGACUGGUCUGCAAGAAUUGCGUGUUCUGAAAAAGACUUUGUUGUCACUGUUAACUUCAGUCGGGAAAUUUCUUCAAUAAGUACUACAACUCGAUUGAAAGAUGUUCAACUUCUUGUGGAUGUGCUCAAUGAUUCAUUGGAUAAAUGGACCAAGUAUAUUGACAAGAUAAGAUCACGCUACUAUUACUUGAAUGAUUAUAACAUACAACAGAUAACUUAUCUCUGUGAAAAACUGGCAAAAUUUGACUUUACUGACCAGGUUUAUUCAUUACUGUCGAAUCUGCCAAGAAAUGUGAUGAGUGAUUGUAUGCAGAAGGCAUUGGAAGAAGCAACAAGAAUUUGUGAUGACAAUGAAGUUGAUGUUUUGGACAAUGAAAAUACCGUUCAAGAUGAACAAGCAGAUGUACUGGUAUGUAAAAGAAGAAUGGUUCGUGAAUUGGUCAUGAAAGAUGAUCUGUCUGAAAAUCUUGCAAAAGCUGCUGUUCAAUGUGAAGAAAAUAAAGACAUCGAAGAUUGUGAGAAUUGGGCAUUACUCCACCAACAUGAUCAAGAAUUAAUACAGGAACUCUGUGAACUUUUCGAUAAAGAUGAAGGAUUUGGCGAUGAAUCAAAUCAAGUGCAAGAUUAUACUUCUCUUCUUCAUAAUCGUACUUCAUCAUCAUUGAAAGAAUUGAUUGAACAAAUACAGAAACAGGAGUCAAUGUCAUCAGAUAUUCAAAUUCCAAGCAUUGUGAAGACUAUUAGUGAAAGCUACAUUGAAAAAACAUCAAAACUCACACUUAAAGAUUACCUGAGUAUUGACCAUCUGGGAAAGUUUUUGGAAAUAUUAAAUGAAGAAUUAUGUCAUUCUGUCAAGCCCUUGGAAAGAGUAUUGGUACCACCCAUGCAUCAAGGAAAAGCAAACUUGCUUCUUUGUCCAGAACCAGACAUACUUUACUUGGUUUUAUCACUUUACAUGCAUAAUGAAAGUCAGCCUCUUCCGACUCGAUCUGAGGUACUUGUUUGCAGUGAAAAUACAUCAAAGGAUGAAGUGGAACGAUUUUUAAGAAGAUCAAUGACUAUUGUUCCAAAUGAAGGAAAAAAAUUGUUCUGCAUGGCAUUUGCUGAUAAGCUGACGUUCAAUGUGUCUACACAUGUAGAAUAUGUCUACAAUACAUUAUCAACCAAGGCAUAUGUUGAUGCGAAUUAUCAGCUUGUUAUUCUCUCAAGUAGUUCAAAACAACAACAUUAUCUUGUGACAUGUUUUGACAAGUUGAAAGUUGAACUAAAACUUGCCAUCGACAAAGACAAGCUACAAGAAUAUUUAUCUGGGAAACUACAAAAUAAUGAAGAUGAUAAAAAUAAAGUUUCUGUGAGAAUAGUGACAUCUCAAAGAUCGGGUGUCGGCAAGUCAUUGCAUAUCAGAAGAUUAACUGAAGAGUUUAGUCAGAAUCAUCCAGAUUCCCUUUCCACAACUGUACGGCUGCUUCAGAGAAAUAUAAACAUUGAUCAUGUUCUAUCAAGAUUGUACAAAAUCGAAACAACACGAAAUGAAACUUGCCAUUUCAUUCAUUUUGAUUUGACUCCUGCGGUCGAAAAGAGUAUUGAGGAAUUUUUUUUUAAUUUGAUCAUUCUUGGAAGCAUUCAAGAUAGUCAAGGUAGAAUUUGGAGACAUCAUCUACAUCACUGCUAUGCCAUUGAACUGAUUAGUUCCGAUAAGCAGUCACCAAGUACCAGCAUUUUGCAACUAUUAUCAAAAACUACCUGUAUCAGUCCGAAAGAAGUUUUGAAGAUUUAUGAAUCCGGAAAUAGUCAGAUUGAUAGUACAGUUUUGAUGGAUCAAAAGGAAUUUGAAUCUGAAUCAUUUCAGCGCCCUUAUCAAUAUCUGAUGCGUUAUGAUUCACAUAAAGAUUUGGACAAAUAUCGAUAUCAAAAUCCAUCUGGAUCAAAGAAAGAGUGCAUUGCUGUACUAUUACGCCAUUGUGGUAUGGAAAAUCCAACUUGGGCGCAAUUGUGCUAUUUUUCAAAUUUUCUCAACAUGCAACUCACAAAUUGUGAAGAAUCAGUUUUUUGCAAGAUAAUUCAAAGUGAAAGUAAGAAAACACAAUCUAUUGAAUUUGCUGGAUUGAAAGCAUUUUCUGUUUAUUUCAUGAUUAAAAUGGCUCAGGAUUUUGCAACACCAUCUCUUGAUAUAUCAGAUGAAAGUGAGAGAGAUGCUGAUGAUGCAUUUAGUCAUUAUAAGAUUCGAAGAAAAUGGGAAGAUGAAAUCCAUCCUUUUGUGUUUUUCAAUGAAGACAAGACAACCUUGACAUUCAUUAAUGUUAAAGUGAAUGAUAAUGGAGAUCUUCUAGAUGCAGACGGUAACAUAUGUCAUAGACAAAUAUUAUCAAAACGUUUGCUAGCUGAUCUAAAGCAACAGGGUGUUCCAUUUAGUGUCGAUUUCAACACUUUGUCCAGAGAAGAAAAAAUCACCACAUUAUGUCAGUUCAUGAACAUCCCAAAGUUUUAUGAUCCUGACCCAACUUAUGAAUUAACAACAGACAAUGUUCUGAAGAUGUUAGCUAUAUACAUGCGACUUCGCUGUGAUAUUCCAGUCAUUGUUAUGGGAGAAACCGGCUGCGGAAAAACAAGAAUGAUUGAAUUCAUGAGUAAAAUGAGAUGUGCUUUGAAUAAGAAUGCUAAAAAUAUGGUAACAUUAAAAAUUCACGGUGGUAUUGAUGUAGCAGACAUAUACAACAGUGUUCUGAAGGCCAGAGAAAUUGCUUCAACAAACAAAAAUAAUUACAACAUGGGUACCAUUUUAUUUUAUGACGAGGCAAAUACUACAAGUGCUAUUUUUGCAAUAAAAGAGGUUGUGUGCGAUUUCACAAUUGAUGGUGAUGAUUUUAAAGAUUCUCAAUUACAAAUCAUUGCGGCGUGUAAUCCAUACAAACGUUUAUCAGAAAAAGCAAUCAAACAGCUGGAAGAAUCUGGACUUGGCUACAAUACAAAAGCAAGUGAGGCAGAACAAUUUGGAAAGAUUCCAAUGCGUCGACUUGUAUAUCGUGUUGUUCCUCUGCCCCCCAGUAUGCAACCUUUUGUUUGGGACUUUGGACAAUUAGGAAGAGAUGCUGAGGAAAUUUACAUUGAGCAGAUGACACAAAGACAGACAAAAGAUAUGAGUUUAACUACAGAUGAAACUACUUUGAUAAAUGCUGUUUUAUUUCGUGCUCAAUGCUACAUGAGAAAAAAAUGCAAAGAUGAGAGUAGAUAUGUCAGUUUGCGUGAUGUAGAACGAUCUUUAAAAACGUUCAGAUGGUUUCACAAGCACGCUGAGCAUAUUUUCCCUCUUGUCAUUAAAUAUCAUGAAGAGCAGCCAAGAAAACUUUCUCUACAAGACAUCUCUAAUGUUUUGAGAUCACUUUUGCACACAAUAAGUGUAUGUUACCAUGCCUCAUUAAAUGAUAGAAAAUCUUUUCGUGAAGAAAUUUCAAGAGUUUUGCAAAGGUAUUCCACACCAUUGACUGAAUCUGAUAUAAAUCUUGAAAUCAUUGCAUGUCAAAUGAUUUUUGCCAACAAUUUGAAAAUGGACGACAACAUUGCAUGUAAUGAAGCUUUGCGUGAGAACGUUUUUCUCAUUUCUGUCUGUGCAGAUUUGCGAAUGCCACUUUUUAUUGUUGGAAAACCCGGGAGCUCUAAAUCUUUGGCCAAAACAAUUGUUGCUGAUAACAUGCAAGGGAAAUCAUCUUACACAGAAUUAUACAAAAAUUUCAAACAGGUACAUGUGCUAUCAUACCAGUGCAGUGCACUGACAGAUGCAAAAGGAAUUGAAAGUAUUUUCAACCAAUGUGCUCAACUUCAGGCCAAUCAAGAUAUUGAUUCCUACACUGCUGUUGUCGUAUUAGAUGAGAUUGGUUUGGCUGAAGAUUCACCAAAUAUGCCCCUGAAGGUUCUUCAUCCUCUACUUGAAUGUGGCAGUACCAUGAAUGGCACCCUGACUGAAUUUGAUGAAAAGAAAAAAGUUGGAUUUGUUGGAAUAUCUAAUUGGGCGCUUGAUCCAGCAAAAAUGAAUCGAGGGAUUUUUGUUACCCGAAGCAAUCCAAACAAAGGAGAUUUGAAAAAGACUGCUGAAGGGAUUUUUGAAAAUCAGAUCAACAGAAUAAACAUUCACUCAAGAGAAAUAGGGUUGUUGACUGAUGCGUAUAUGAAAAUAUACGAUGAACAAACUAGAGAAUAUUUCGGUUUAAGAGAUUAUUACAGUUUAAUCAAAAUGCUUCAUGCAAAAUGCAAAAGCAACCAUGAAAUCAAAGAAAAAGAUAUAAAAAGGGCUAUUCAAAGAAAUUUUAGUGGCGGAGAACAUGAAAAACUGAGUAUAUUUCAGCAAAAGCUUGGUUAUGAAUCACCAAUAAAAGAGUUAUCAGUACAAACGAUGGUUCGUGAAAAUUUGGAGGAUGAUAAAAGUAGAUUUUUGUUGCUUUUAACAAAUCAGUAUGCUUCUUUCAGUCUUCUGCAAGAUAUCAUUCCAAAUUUUCAGCAAAAAGUGCAAGUGAUAUUCGGAUCAAGUUUUCCAAGUGACCGCAAUUAUACAGAAAUGUGCAGAAAUAUUAAUCGAGUCAAAGUGUGCAUGGAAGCCGGUCGCACGGUUAUUCUUUUGAAUAUGACAGAAAUUAAUGAAUCUCUCUAUGAUGCUUUGAAUCAACAUUAUGUGACUCUUGGAGGACAAAGAUAUGUCGAUUUGGGACUAGGUGGACAUAGAGUUAAAUGUAGAAUUGCAGAUGGCUUUAGACUUAUUGUCAUUGAAAUUAAAGAAAAGGUUUACAACGAUUAUCCAAUACCUCUUUUAAACAGGUUGGAAAAGCAUCAUCUCACUUCAAAUAGUUUACUCACCGUGAAGCAGAGGGUCAUUGCGGAGAAAUUAUCUGAGUGGAUUAAAAAAUUUUCAGAGAUUAUUGGAUUGCCCUUUACUAAUUCUGAUGCUUUUGUGGGUCACCAUGACGAUUCUGCAAGUUCAAUUAUAAUAUCAUAUAAAUCAGGUGUGAGUGAAGCCAAAGUUGUUUUGCUACAGUCGGCUACAAUGGAUGCAGUGUUUAGACUUGAAAAAAGCGAUUUACGUAGUGAACAUGCGGAACUGCAAAAAACAUAUAUUAAGGAUCAAGUACAUGACAAUCUUUGGAAAUUGCUGCAAUCAAAGUUAAAUGAAACUGAAAGGCCUUUAGUUUUUAUGACAGUAACUUCAUUUUCUAAUAUCUUGUCAGAUUCAGACAGGCAGGAGCUUGCAGCGCUCUUAAAUCUCAGCCAACACAAUAUCAUGCUCUUGUCUUUACAGCAAUUUCAAACUGAACAAGACUACAUCAAAAGACUUGAAGAGUUUUUUAAAUUUUGCAACAAGGAGCCCUCUGAUAACCAGAAUCUUCCAAAACAAAAUGUCGCUAUUCUUCUAGUGCAGUGUCCGCAAGCUCAUAAGCAUGGACAACUCAUAUCUUGUGCAAGAUAUGGACUAUUAAAUAAAAUUGAUGAAAUAAAGGGUACCACAAAAAAAGUUGUUAUUGCUUUCUUGCUUUCAACUGAGAGAAGACUUGCAACAAAUGACACUAGCUGUGAAGUCCAAAACUUAGUACUGCAGCAUACUUCUAGCUCUGAUAUCAUCUAUGUUGAUGAAUUGAGACCAACAUUCAAAAGUCUUAAUUUGACGAGCCAAUUUUAUGAAAAAACCAUUUGUGAUGUAUUAGAAAUGGGAAAGAAUUCAAUAUCUCCCACGAAAGAGGAAGAUGAUCUUGGAAUUCAUAUGCCUACUUUAUUAUUGGAUUGUGUCUGCGAAGCAAUGACAAAAAUAAAGUCUAGAGAGAAAAAUGAGAAUCGUCAUCUGGAACGCAUCAAAGUGUUUUCUCAACUUUGUUCUCAUGAUGAUCUUGGCUAUGCGUUUUUGGAUAUUCUUAUGACAAAGAUGAUUGAAAUAUAUCGAGGUCGUCAAGAUGAAAUGGACACAGGUCGAAACUGGAUAGUGAAUGAAGCAUGUUCUGCAGAGAAAUUACAAGAAGGAGGCACUUUUGCAAAAACCCUCUGGCUUUGUAUGAAAAAGCAUGUAUCAAAUAUGCUAGCUUAUAUUAUGAGCAAGAUCGACAGAAAUAACAAUUUGGAUUUAAUUGCAAGCAAAAAAAAGCAAGAUGUGGAUAUGCGGGAUAUGUGGCUAGAAAUGUUUCAGUCUUACCGAUUGCAGUGGGAAGAGAUGAGAGGUUUAAAUGAAUUUAAAAUUACAGAUCAAAAUGUAUUAAAAACAGAUGGAGUCACAAUUCCUUUCAGUUUUCUCAUUCAAGAAGCUAUGAAUGAACAAUGGUCCGCACUUGAAAGUGAACAUCGAAAAGAUGAAAAGAGAAAGAUAUUUUUUAAACACUUCUGUUCCUCAAAUAAAGGAAUUGAUGAAGCAAUUUCGAAUGCUAUGAGACUUCCAAAAUCAAUGAAUUUGAUAAAUGCUUAUGCAAAGAACCUUAUAUUUGAAGCUUAUGGCACCGAUGCUGACUGCACGCAAAAACUGUCAAAGAUAUUGGUUAAUGCUGCAUUGAUUUUGCAAAAACAACUUCGAACUGAUGAAGAAUUGCCUGGUUGCCACAUGUUUUUGAUUUUAUUUUACUGUUCAAAAAUAUUUAAAGAUCACUUGAGAGUUGUGUAUAACAUUUUUCUUAUUUGUCCCCACGUUCUUGAGCAAGUUGAUCAUUGGAUAAGCAAUUUAAAAGAGAUGAAUACCUUGGAAAAAUUCAAUUUGCACCAAACUGCAUUGUGUUAUGCUUUAGAUUUCGCUAAAGCAAAAGCUUUAGAAAUAAAGAGUUCUGAGACUUGUACAACUUGGAUGAAUUUAACACGAAAACUAUCUCGAAUUUUUCGCUUUACUUUAGACUUGAUUCAUGACACGAAUGAAAGAUUGAACCUGAGGAAAGCUUGGGAACCUCUGGCAAUGCUUGAUCUUUUACUGCUGCAUCUUUUGCCGGACCCAUCAUCCAAUUCCAAAGACUUUAAGAAUUAUGUAGAGAUUAUAGCCACACAUGCAAGACUCUUGUAUAAAGGAACGAGUAAAUCUGGCAUAAAAAAUCAACAGUUUCUUAGGAUUUUGUGCAAUGUUCUGAGAAAAUAUUACGAAGAUGUUAAAAUUAAAGUCAUUGUUUCAUGGCAGAAUGGUAACUGCAGAAUAUGUGGAAAGAUGUGCAAAUCACCGACAGUUUUACCUUGCAAGCACUUUUUCUGUUGUGAUUGUUUGAAAAAUGUUUUUGUGGGAUCUACAAGGCAAUGUCAAAUUUGUUCACUUGUUUUGCCAAAUGAUUUUAUGCCAACCCCUUCCUCAACAACAAGUGAGCAAGAGAAAGAAAUUCUAGCUUUUCGAUCAAACUGCACAAGCUUUUUUCUUGAAUAUUUGUCUCAGUUUGUGUUUCAAAAUUCAGACGAACUUGAUAAGAAUGAUGAUAUGAGGGAAAUUUCUAACCUUAUUUUUGAUGAACUGGUAUUGAAGUCUUCAUCAAAAAAACCUGAAUUAGAAAAGAUUGCAUUUGAUCUCAACAUCGCAACAUGCAGUAAUAUUUUAUCCAAUUUACUGAAAAGGGAUGCAAAUCUAAUUGAAUCUCUUAUUGAUCGAUACCUAAGGGAGGAACAAAAUGAAAACAGUGAACAUCUUAUACUUCUUUCCAUUAUAACAUACGAGCAAUAUAUUGCUAGGCAGUAUUUCCAAACUGAUCAUGGUAAAAUAUAUGAAAAAUGUUGGGCCUUAUUAACAAAAUUUCUGGAGAUGCAAAGCAAAGUUGGGGUAGAGCUUUCAUCUAAAGUUUUGCAUUGUAUAGCUGGAGCUCGCUUCGCAAUUGCUCAAUUUGUACAAAAUCUGAAAGAAGAUGAAGGAACAACUAAAGAUGAGGUUGCUCGUGCGGUGAUGUAUUCCAUUAAAAAACAAUCAGAUGAUUUAGGAACUUUACAAGACUUUUUUAUCAAAAUUGGUUGUCAUAAAUAUGGAAUGAAAUGGUUUACUGAAAUUAUCGAUGAUGACUAUUACAAGCGUUUAAUUCCACUGAAACUAAAAAAUGUCAAGGAAGUCAACGUUGAUUACUGGCAUUCUUUAAGUAAAGAUUAUUCCGCAAUAAAGUCAGAGCUAAAUAAAUCUACAUCUUCAAGUCAUCAGAAACAAUUACAGGAUUGGUUUCCGCCAAAUAAACGUCAAUCACUUCCCACUGAGUUUUCGAAGACUCUAGCUGUAGCAACAUGGCUGAAUUCACACUCUUCUUGCAUAUCAACAUUUAAGGCGUAUUUCGAAAAGUCAAACACAGAAAAUUUAAAAACUUUUGAAUUGCUCUGCUCAUUGAAUUCAAAUGUGCUUGGACAAAUGCACCAUAUCACAGGUAUAUCAAAUCAAGAAAAAUCAGCUAUUCAUCAAGUAGUGGUAUUAGCAACAGCAGUGGUUAAGUCUCAAACUUUGAUGACAAACGAACUAAGAUUGCUCAUGGAUGACCCUUCAAAAGUUACCAAAAUGUAUUGGCCAGCAAUGCCAGAAUCUUUUUACUUUUCAAUUCCACUUGAACUGAGAAAGGAACGUGGCAAUGAUGCAAUGUACAAAUGUCCAAAUGGCCAUUUUUAUACAAUUGGGCAAUGUACAAAACCAUAUAGUGUAUCCCGAUGCCCAGAUUGUAAUGCAAUAAUUGGUGGAAAAGAUCAUGUAGCUCAAGCUGGAAAUGAGAGAGUCAAACUUGAAGAGUCUUCUCAAGCUGGGUAUUUGCUCAACUCCACUGAAAAAAAUCUAAUGAAACCAGAAGAUCGAAUCUCAAUGCAAACGUCAUCUUUUAUUCAAUUGAUAAUUCAUGCAUGUAUGUUUGUGGGAUUACAGAAGAGUGCAAAUAUAAUUACACAGUUGAUUCCAAAACUUGAACGGAAGGAUGUCAAACAGUAUCUGAUUGUACAAAUGCAGAAAAAUCUGAAUGACUUCACAACAUCUUUAGGCAGAAAUAAUGAUGAAGCGACUCUUGUGAUUUUUCAAAUUUUGUUUAGCAUUUUGAAAACUGAUCCCCAAAAAAUACAUCAAAAUGCUUCUUGGAACUCAAUUGAAAAUCGAAAGAAUUGGGAAAGUCAUUUUCGUCAAGUAUACCUUCUGCCAGUGUUUCAAAAUUUGGAUAACAUAAUUAACGAAGCGCAGGAAAAUCUUAAUGAUGCUGAAGACAUGACUUCAAUAUUAUUAUUCAGGCAUGUGCAUGAAGUGAGCGAAGAAAAUGAGACACUUGUGCAGCAUCGUAACAAUUUGAAGAGUUCUUGUCUUUGGCAUAUGAUUCAACAUUCCAAUGCCUCUCACCUGAUGCAAUGCAUAAGGGACAAUUCUGAUGACAGCUCAGGAAAGGUACUUCAGGUUAUUCUUGGAACUCCUGAUAUUCACCUAUUACUAUAUUUGGAAGAUGUUUUGAAACUGCAGAAGAGCUUGAUUGAAAGAUACCAAAAUCAAAUUGAUCUGUCACAAGCAGAGGAGAAUACUUUACAAAGCUCAGUUGCUGACAAUAGUUUACUAGCAGAUGUUGUUGAUAAGUACAUUGAGGUUUGGGCUCUGUUGCGACACACACUGCAAAACAGUGGGGAAUGUGAUUCUCAGAUGUUCGCAUGGUUGAGUAAGGAUAUUACUUUGAAUAGCCCAAUUUCAGUUGCUCUUCCAAGUAUAAGAGGAAAAGGGCGAUGUGCAAAACUUGUAGCCGAACAUCUCAUAAGAAUCCAAAAUCAAUUUUUAAACAAAUGCUUUGAAAUAGAGGGAAUCAAUGCAAGUUCCAAUGAACUUGAGGUAUCUCAGUUACAGCAUUCCCACUUUGUGUGUAUUGAUAAACAAAAUGAUCUGUUGCCACUAAUACAACUGCACACUUCUUAUAUUAUAACCGAAGAUGCUUAUGGUCGACAUCACAAAUUAUCAUAUAAUAUUAAUGCUCUUGAAAAACAAGCUCGCGAGAACUAUGUCAAGUACAAGAAAUUGAUUAAAUUGGAUAGUUUGCCGUUUAUAUGCUAUGUUCAAGACAUUGGUAUUGGAUCAGAUUGGGAUAAAGUCAUCACACACACUAAACUGCAAGAACCAUUGUCACGAAAAUUGAUGCAGAAUGUUGAUGAUUUAAUUGCGAAUUCAACACCAGCUGAUGUUUGUGAGGGAGUGAGAACAUUAACUCAUGCUAUUAGUUUCCUUGCCAAGGUUGAAUGUCCUCCAUCCCGUUGGCUCUGUGAAUAUCUUGAAAAAGAUUUGCUACUCUCAAGAACUAGAGCAGCAGUUAUUCCAAGAUUUGCUAAGGUUCACCACACUCUUGCUCUAUAUCAAUAUCUCAGUUGGCACAAAUCAGUGAAUUUUGUGAAGCAGGGUUUAAGACCUUACAAGGAAGCACUAUAUGAAGUCAAGCAAGAAAAUAUAAGUGAUAAAGAAGUAUUGGGGAAGUUGAAAGCAGCAUUUCAGCAUAUGGAUGUCAUUCUCUUCCAACAACAUAUAAAUGAAAUGCUGAUAAAGGUCCCAGAUUACAGAGAAGAUUGGAGUUUGGUGGAUGAUAUCUUUCCAUAUCUCCAAUUCAUCGGGAAUGAAUCUGAAGAAGAAUGGUUUGAAAGGAUUCCUGAUGCGAUAUGUUUCAAACAUGUUUCCCAUCUAUUUGAACUUGCAGUCAAACAUGUACAAAAUAUUAACUGAUUGUAAUAAAGUUGCAUAUAUAUUCAGAAUUUUUUUAACUUAUGAUGUAUCAUGUGAUUUCUGUAAAUAAUGCCUCAAUAUGAAAAUGGUAAAGGCUGAGUGUAAAUUCUGUUUGAGGUUGGUGUAUUUUAGAUUAUUUUUUUUUUGAAUAGUGUAGAAUUUCCUUCAACCCCUAAUGCAUGUACAAUAAAGAUUUUCAUUAGAGUUCAUUGGCAGGCUACUGGAGUGUAGCAUCAAAAAUUAUGAUUUUUGAAUUUAUCCUUUUUUUUCAUAUUUGAUCAAUAUAAAUACAUUUUACAACAAUCAGCUUGUUCCUUGUAUGCAAAACAAAAUAAGCUUAUGGUAAGUAUUCUAAUUUGUUCAGUGCUCUAGUUUACGGCUAAUACUAAUUUCAUAACAAGCAAACUACAGACUCAAACAGUGUGCUCAACUUGUAUCCUUUAUGGAUAAUGGAUAUGUGUGAAUCAAUGAUCUGAACUAUAAUUUGUUAUUAUAUCUGAUUUUAUGUAUAUUGUCAUGAUACAGCAUAUUUAAUCGAUGUGGUUUGUUCAGUGCUCUAGUUUACGGCUAUUACUAAUUUCAUAACAAGCAAACUACAGACUCAAACAGUGUGCUCAACUUGUAUCCUUUAUUGAUAAUGAAUAUGUGUGAAUCAAUGAUCUGAACUAUAAUUUGUUAUUAUAUCUGAUUUUAUGUAUAUUGUCAUAAUACAGCAUAUUUAAUCAAUGUGGCAGUUUUUU